AUGCCCAUUCAUCCAUACUUAUAUUUACUCUUAUCCUUAACCAACUUUUUUAUCGUUUUUCUUACUAUUGGUGGGGGAAUCAGCGCUGGAAGUGGGGGAGGUACUCCUGAGCGUAUGGUUGAGCGAAAAUCGAGCCUCCGCAUGACUAUCAAAACAUUGCCGGCCUCCUCCUCAACAACUUUAGUAGGUGGUGCGUCAUCAGGCUUAUCAGGCGCAGCUCAAGCUUUAUCUUCGUCAUCUUCCGCAUCGGGUAUCUUUCCACCAUCAACUAGCCCCGCUGGAAUAGCUGGCGGCCAAAAUUUUUCCACCUCGAAUGCCAAUCUAGGCUCAGCUUCCUCGGUUUCUUCCUCUUUGUGCUCAUUGGCUUCGGCUGGUGCCCCUAACCCCAGUUCUGCCAAUGGACCUACAACUUCAAGCUACAAGUCGGGUAGUGGUAUUACCAGACAGCAUCCGCCCGUCCAUCCUGCCUCUGGAGAUUCAAUCAGUUCUACUUCUGCCAGCAAAAAAAGCCGGUCUGUUGACGGCAAACCCUCCUCUUAUAUGAAUCAGAUGCAGCAGCAACAGCAAAAUUUAUGCUCUAAUCCAAUAAUACCUACUGGUCCAGCUGCCUCCGGUCAUGCUUCUGGCAGAUCUACCGGCAUCAAUAACAUUUCUCAGACUGGCACUAGCUCUGGUGGUAAAAAGGAGCGCAGACGUCGUCUUGGUCACAAUAGCCUUGAUAAAAUGGUUAUUAUUUCCGGUCAGGCUGAAUCGCAUUCACAGACUCCACUGGCCACACAGAAUCCGAUAUUAUCCAGACAGUCUCAGAACAAUGCUUUUUUAACCACUUCAUCAUCAACACAGUCCUCGGUUUUAUUGGCCGGCUCCACCUCCACUAUCUCCUCAACUCCGGCAGCUAGUAUAUCAUUAUCUACUGGGUAUAUAGCUCCUCAAGGGCCAAACUCUUCCUCAUCAGGAUUGCCCGUUUUUAGCAGUAAUGCAACUAGUCCUCUAAUCAGCUCAGCCUACUUGGCUGGCUCGAUUAAUAGUCACACCUCUUCGCCAAGUGGAAGCAAAAAGAAGUCAUCACUUCACCCAACGAUCUCCUCUUCAGGCACUUCCUUCUCUCCUCUUUCGACUUCGACUUCUUCUUCUUUAGCAUCUAGUAUUGGUCUCGGAAGCUCCACAAGAGGUAUGGUGAAUUCCGAUGGCGUCAGCCGAAAAAAGAAAAAGACUGCUAGUAAUCAAGUUGGUAGUGCUUGUAAUGCCAGUGGUGGAGUUAGUGCCUCUGUU